AGAGUCGACACAACCAGCAGCAACACAAACGAAGAAGACUGCACAGGAAGUGGGGAUAGCAGGAUUGUUGACAUAGCCUGCUAGCUUUUGCUAGGUGGCAUGAUAUUUUGUCGAUAUUUUUCUAAAGUUCUCGUUCACAAUGAGCUCUCCAGAGGACAGGCAUGGAACAAAACGAUCGGCGUCUCCCAGUCAAGAUGGGGGUACACAGUGGGCCUCUGCUGAUUUGGGAAGCGAUGAGAGAAAACAAAAGUUUUUACGGCUGAUGGGCGCGGGCAAGAAAGAACACACUGGGCGUCUUGUCAUUGGUGACCACAAGUCAACAUCUCACUUCCGCAGCGGUCAGGAAGAUCAGAAGAUCAAUGAGCAGCUGGAGCUGCAGUACCAGCAGGGAAUGGAUGGGAAGUUGUCAGGACGCAACCGGAGACAUUGUGGUCUGGGUUUCAGUGAGUCUGAAACCCAGCCAGAGUUGAUCCCUUCACCACCAGUGGAUGGACAGACAAAAGAAGCUGAGCCAGAGAAGUCCACCAGUGAGAAAGAGCCCACAGAAGCUCAGGACAAAGGCAGCGAUCCUGAGCCGGAAGAAAAAACUUCAGAGGAGUCUGAAACCAGUCCGGACAGUAGGAACGAGGAACUGAAACACGACUACAAAGCAGCUUUUGUGAAAUCCUCGUAAUGCUGAUGAGACCGGCAGGGAGGAAUUAGUUUUUGUAAUAUUAUGUUUGUAAGUUUUGGUGUUAAAUGUUGAACGGUAGGCCGUCAUCCAUCAUAGAGCCAAUCGUUAGACUACACUCUGGUGUGCAUGUUGUCAAAGAAUGAAGUCUGCAGACUGAGUGGCAGUACCACAUGAUCAAGUUUUUAUUUCGUUUGGACAUUUUAACAGUCACUGCAUUUGCCAUGAAUUGCGCUGAAUGAAACAGGAUUCCCUGGCAUUAGUUUUGAUUGGUAUACAAAUGGAGAAUUUUGUGUUUUCUUGAAAACCAAUAAAAAUCAUUUUCAGUUAAAACCGUGGUGGAAUAUGAGAUUUAUAGGACUGAAAAAUACAUUUUGAACAUUCUGUUCAAAACUGCAGCCAAGUCAAUUUUACACUCAUUUUAAGUGUCUCAAUGUAAAACCAAAAUAUUGUCUCUCUUCAGCACGAUUUUUUUUUCUAUCCACAGUUUUGGGCAUCAGUAUUAAAGCUUGAACAGCAAAACUGCACCACAUUUGUUUUCCAAUAAUUCAUUUGAGAAAACUUUAAAUUUUCCAUUUUGGGUAAAGAUUUAAAUUUUCAUUCUUUUCAGAUUUGGUUGAUCUAUUAUGGAAUAAUGAAAAGUCACAAUGUGACUAAAAAGUGAAGAAAUCUGGUGUCAGAGUGGAUCGCAAAGAAGUCCGUAAAAUCAGUGAAGAGAAUGGUGUAGAAAAUACUGGUUGUGAUUUUCAGGCCCACAUGCAGGCCUGUGUCCUAAUGCAGAGUUAUUACGAUAACGUUUUGUGCUGGAUGCAGUAGAGCAUCUCCGGAGGUACACGUCAAACCCUCCCUUGAAGCAGAUGGGCUACAGCAGCAGCAGACCACACUGUGUGGCACUCCUGUCAGCUAAGAACAGGAAACGCAGGCUACAUUCUAGCACGGGCUCACCAAAGUUGGACGACAGAAGGAGGAUUUCUGGAUGAAUCUUGCUUUCUGUUGCGCGAUCUGGAUGGUAUAGUCAGAAUUCGGCACACACUGCAUGGAUGUAUGGAUCUAUCUUGCCUUGUGUCAGUGGUUCAGGGUGAUGGUGUUGGAAAUAUUGACUUGGCACUCCGGGGCUCCUUGGCACCAACUGAGCAUCUUUAAAACAGCACAGGCUGCCUGAGUAUCCUUGCUAAUCACAUUCUUCAUAAAGGGACCAGUGUACCCAUCUUGUGAUGGUUUCUUCCAAAUGAAAUAGAGAAACAUGUCAGUUGAUAUAGAUACCUUCUCAGUGUUCUGUAUGAAUAAAUCUUCAUGGUUUCUGUGAUUUUCAGGCACAGUCCUAUAACUGUAAAUCCCCUUUAAUGAAACCUUAACCGGGGUGUUUCUUCAAUUCAUGCCAUGGUAAUUAUUCAGUUAUAGAUAAUAACCAAUUGGAUGGUGGAAAAUGUUAGUCCCAAGGGAAAUACAUUGGUGAUACAGGAGAUUCUUGCCGUUUUGCCACUAAGAGGUCAAAAUUUCCACUCAUUGAUGACUCAUAACUGGAAAUUUAUCUAGAAUGUACUGUGCCUCUCACCCAGUCUCAGCUAAAGUAGGCUCCAAACAGCAAAGACUAUCAGGUUAAAGCUGGUCUCUAUUUCUAACAAAGUGUAUACCAAGCUGUACAUCACACAUGCAGUUGGUGAAACGGUUAACAGUGAACACGAGGACGGACAUAUUGAGGCUGCAUCAAGGAGAGUGAUGACAUAAGAUGAACAAAUGUGAUGGUGAAAACAUAUUUACUUGCAGGCAUUGCGAAAACUCUCUGUGUAAAAGUUUGCUCUUGCAUGGGCGGAGGGGCGGGUUAACCAGGAUAUCCAACUCCUUAUAGCUUCCUCAAAACAAACAAGAAUUUCAGAUUUUGGCAAAUAAACUUGUGCUGAUAUUUGAUGGCCUGUAUGAGUGGGGGCUGUCUGGUCUUGUAUUUCAGAGCAAGUUUUGGUGGAUGUUCUUCUGACAAAUCUGUUGGAGGAGAACCUGUUGCUCUGUGCACAUCUGGAUUACCACCAGUCCCACAACUGCAAAUUGCAUUCUAGGUGACUGUGUUGUUUGAGGUACCAGGAUUUAAGGAUCCACAGAGGGAAGACUACUUCAGGAAAAAAUAAAUACAUUUCAGAUUAAAAGAUUACCAGUAGAGUCAUUUUGCAUAUUCAGUCAACCACAAACAAAUGUGUCUUGUUGCUUCAGACUUUAGUCAUCCAAUCUAAUAAACACCAAAAGAGUCAAUAGCAGAAUAAUUGGUUUGGCUGAGAAGAUUUGGGACAUUUUUCAUGGGGGCAACCCCCCCUUAGUUUAU